AUGGCCGAACCUCCGUCUUCACCGCCCACCGACACCACGACUGCCGAAGAGGCUCUCUCCUGGUACAAAUCCCAGUAUGAGCAACUCGAGCAUGAACUCGCCGAGUUCAGAGAAUCCAGUCGCGAACUCGAACAAGAGUUAGAAAAGGAUAUCGAGCAAGCUGAAAAGCGAGAGCGCUUCCUUCAAGAGAAGGCUGAGACUCUGAACUAUGAAGUCGAUGAGUGGAAGAGAAAAUACCGAGACUCCAAGGCGGAGGCGAGCGCUGCCCAGAAUGCGCUCGAGAAGGAAAUUACCACGCUUCGAGAUUCGCACAGGACCCUGCAGCUGAAGUUGCGGGAUGCAGAAGUCGCCAACGACGACUUUGAGCGCCAAGCCCGAAACACAUCAUCGUCGCUGGAAGACCUCGAGUCCAAGUAUAAUGUAGCCAUCGAACGAGGCGUUAUGCUUGAGGAAGAGGUUCGCAUGGGCGAGCAGGAGCGUGAGAAUCUCCGCAUCGAUGCCCAGCGCUUGAAGGAGGAGCUCUCGGAACUCAAGAUUGAGGUUGAGGUGCUCCAAGACCGGCUCCGCAAACAGGAAUCGCGCCACCUAUCCAUGAUCUCAACCGACAUCUCCGUUCCCGAAUCUCCUACCUUCGACAAGAGCAUCGGCUCUCCAGAGUCGACCGCAAGCUCGCCUCUUAUCUCUACGCCGCCCGACACUAUCGACCUGCCCCCGAGCAAGCCCACUGUGGUUCAGGACCCGCCCUCGCCUCCCAUGUCUGAUGCUUCCGGCACACUCCGCAGGCCCAGGCUCUCUCUGACCAAGACUCCAGCUCCCUCGACGCAGAGGAAGUCGCGCUUGCCGUCGGCCGACAACAGCGUUACGCCCAAACCUCGACCCACCAACUUCUCGUCUUCCCUCACCAAGAGGCCGGUCACCCGCGUCGCUACCGCCACUCCUGCUACCAAGACUCCCGCCAACCGUACCACGGCGCCUCGCUCUACGUCGCAUAGACUUCCCACCACCAAUAACUCUCUCUCGCACAUUCGCUCCCUUACCGCCCAGGUCCAACGCUUGGAAGCAAGGGUGCAGUCUGCGCGAUCUAGGCUGCCUGCCCGCGUCAACACGCCUCCGCGACCAUCGCCUCGGUCUUCUAUCAAUGGCAUGGGAAGUGUACCUUCGACCGUCACUAUUAGAUCUAGGAGACGGGCAACUGGCUCAGUCACUAGCGCUAGCGCUUCGGUAGCUAGCGACGACACCACCCCUACCAACCCUUCCCAGGGUGCCCGCAAGAGCACCCAGACUGCGGGCAAGCACAUUCCCCGCCUCAGCACAUCGGGCGUCAGUCGACUCUCCUUUGGACCUCUUCCCAACAGGAAUCCCGGUGGCGACUCGGAAGCGUCAAUGUCUCGACCAAGUUCCCGUGCUAGCAUCACUUCCGGAUACGCCCGACCCAGCAGCCGAACCGAUAUGAACCCUCCGCCCCGUCCCCUUAGCCGAACUAGUCUUUCCGGCGCGCGGACGCCUCUUAGCCGUCCCCGCAGUUCCCUAGGUGGCAGCCUACAUGGCCACUCUGCUAGUGUGGGCCGCUUCGACCCGGACGAAUUUGAAGACGAUAGCGACCUCCGUACCCCGAGCCGACGAGGCACCUUCUCGAAGCUGGAGAUGGAAGGUGUCGUGAGCCGGAUCCCUGCACCGGCCAGCUCCAUCCCGGCCCCAACGGGACGGCGGCAGAGUGGUGGUCCGAGGAGAGUGAGCAGCGGCUUUGGGUUCAGGGAAUCUGAGCCAUUGGAUGAGUUGGAUGAGACUUAUUAA